AUGGAAACACUCGAGCUCGACAACCUGCUCACCAAUGCGGCCAUCACGAUGCACAGCGCAGAGCAGCGCAAGGAGAGCCGCGGCGCCCACGCGCGCGAGGACUUCACUCAGCGCGACGACAAGGAGUGGAUGAAGCACACCCUGGGCUACUUCGACUCACACACGGCCAGCAAGGACAAGGUGCGCAUCGACUACCGGCCGGUUCACAUGCAGCCCCUGGACUCAGAGAUGGAGCACGUGCCCCCAAAGGCCCGCGUCUACUGA